CAUUCACCAUGGCCAAUUUGUCUCCAAUAAUCUUGUUGUUGGCACUUUUCUCUCUCAUUUAUGGUAAUGCCAUAGCAAGCCACCAUGUUUACAGAAAUCUUCAGACUCAACAAUCUUCUGAUAGUUCCUCCAAUCAACCUUACAGAACUGCUUAUCACUUUCAACCUCCAAAGAAUUGGAUCAAUGAUCCUAAUGGACCAAUGAGAUACAAAGGACUAUACCAUCUAUUCUAUCAAUACAAUCCCAAAGGUUCUGUUUGGGGCAACAUUGUGUGGGCCCACUCUGUAUCAAAGGAUCUUGUGAAUUGGAUCCCACUUGAUGCUGCCAUCUUCCCAUCUCAGCCGUCAGAUAUCAAUGGAUGCUGGUCAGGAUCAGCCACAAUGCUCCCUGGGGGCAAACCUGUCAUUUUAUACACUGGAAUUGACCCAAACAACCACCAAGUCCAAAACUUAGCCUUUCCUAAGAAUUUCUCUGACCCAUUUCUUAGGGAAUGGAUCAAGUCACCAAAAAACCCACUAAUGGCACCAACUGUUGCUAAUAAGAUAAAUUCAACCUCAUUUAGGGAUCCUACUACUGCAUGGAAAGGAAAAGAUGGGUAUUGGAGGGUGUUGAUUGGAAACAAAGUAAACAGUGUGGGAAGGGCAAUUUUGUACAAAAGUAAAGAUUUUGUUAACUGGGUUGAAGCUAAACAGCCCCUACAUUCAGCCCAAGGGACUGGAAUGUGGGAGUGUCCUGAUUUCUUUCCUGUUCUUAAUAAUGGCCCAAUUAACGUUGGUCUUGAUACAUCUGUGGAUGGUGAUCAUGUUAGGCACGUGUUAAAGGUUAGUUUGGAUGAUAAGAAGCAUGAUUACUAUUUGAUUGGUACUUAUGAUGCUUCCCAGGAUGUUUUUACUCCGGAUAAUGGGUUCGAGGAUAAUAGUCAACCUGUGUUGAGAUAUGAUUAUGGUAAGUAUUAUGCAUCAAAAACUAUUUUUGAUGAUGGGAAGAACAGAAGGGUGUUGUUUGGUUGGGUUAACGAAUCCUCAAGUCAAAACGAUGAUAUCAAGAAAGGAUGGUCUGGAAUUCAUACUAUUCCAAGAUCUAUCUGGCUUCAUAAAUCCGGAAAACAGUUGAUUCAAUGGCCGGUCCAAGAAAUUGAAAAUCUACGUGUGAACCCUGUAAACUGGCCCACCAGAUUGCUCAAAGGUGGUGAACUCCUUCAAGUUAAUGGAAUCACUGCAGUACAGGCUGAUGUUGAAAUUUCAUUCCAAGUGAGGGAGUUUCAAAAGGCAGAAGUAUUGAAGAAUUGGGCAGAUCCUCAGAUUCUGUGUGGUAUGAAGGGGGCAGGAGUAAAAGGUGGUAUUGGACCCUUUGGUCUGCUAGUUUUGGCUUCAAAAGAUUUGCAAGAGAGCACAGCAGUGUUCUUUAGAAUAUUUAGAUACCAAAACAAGAACUUGGUGCUCAUGUGUAGUGAUCAAAGCAGGUCUUCGCUCAAUAAAGAGAAUGACAUGACCCCAUUUGGGACUUUUGUUGAUGUGGACCCUCUUCACGAGAACCUCUCACUAAGAACUUUGAUUGAUCACUCAGUAGUGGAGAGUUUUGGAGGAGAAGGAAAGGCAUGCAUCACAUCUAGAGUUUAUCCCACCUUGGCGAUCAAUGAGAAGGCACAAUUGUAUGCUUUCAAUAAUGGAACUUCAUCUGUUAGGAUCACCAGAUUGAGUGCUUGGAGCAUGAAGAAAGCAAAUAUCAAUGGAAAUUAAUUAAGUGUAGAAAACCCAUUCUUCAAGUAUUGUUUAUUAGUUAAUUGUUGUAUUGUAACAAUAAUAAUGCCAUUACAUAUGUUUGCAAGAAAUCAAAUAAUGAGUAAGGAAUACGUUUAUUUUUUGUACCAA